AUGCUCGCAGUCGCGUCAUCAUCGCGCCGUUACCAUGCGUGCAGCUCGUCGUCCCAGCCUGCAGUCCAAAUCGACGGCCUAGAUCCGUCGGAAGGACUGGAUCCGAUGGUCGUGAUGGCGCGUUUCGCCGGCGAGUCGGGCAUGCGGCCUUUCCUGUCAACGGAUGGUGAUGCAGCGUCAACAGCAAGCGGCGACGCAGCCAGCGACGCCAUCAACGACGCAGUGAGCGACGCUGGCGCGGAAACAUUUCUCUUCCCCACGCCUCCGCGCAGCCCGCGCGAAGGCUCCCGCGCGGCGCUCGGGUUCCGCCACCGCCGUCGCUGGAACUCGUUCAGCGGAGCUCAAGAGCUUCCGGGGGGGUGCGGAGUCUGUGACGCUCCGGAGUCCCUGGAUGGUGCUACUAACGGGGAUAUUGCUUAUUAUGGUGCUAGUACUAACGGGGUUAUUCGGAUUUCUGGUGGUGAAGAGAACACACGCAGUGCUGAAGAACGUUGUGACCUAACACGCCUGCCCCGCCCGUCCGCAGCGCAUUAUUCUGCACCCCCCGCUGCUGCCGCCGCCGUUGCUGCUGCUGGUGCCACGUCACCGCUUCCUGCUGAAUCACUGAGGCGGCCAGAUCAGAUCUACGGCUCUAAAUCCAACGCCAUGUGGCCUCGCAGUCAGAGCCACUCUGCAGUAGUGGGCCGACGAGAUCCGAGUGAUGGCUCUGAUACCAUGGGGGGACGGCGCCUGGGCCGGCACCGGCGCAUACGUACAGUCACCGCACGGGUUAAGAAGAGAAUCCUCAGUGGAGAAGCAGUCACAGUCUCCCCAUGUGGCAGCGGCAUGCUCUCUGAAGACUCCACACACUGGCCCUGCCUUCCCUGCCUCCUUAUCGUCGACACCACCCCUCUCCCCUCCUCCCUUGUCGUCUCCUCCCUUGUCUCCCCCACCACUGUCCAUGCUGUCAUCCUCAAAGCCCAUCUCGCUGCCGCCACCCUCAAAACCUACCCCUCGUCUGUCUCGAUCCAAACCUGUCACGGGCCGCUCAGCUUCGGGUCGUUCUUGUUCGCCAGAUUCCUAUGCACAGUUGAACUGCAAUGCUACUUCCUCCACUCUCCCCACUAA